CACGAUCAGACAUAUCCCACUUGUUCCCGGUUUCUUCGUCUUAUAUUCUCCUCUCAUGACCCAAACUUCCAUUUUCUAGUAAUAAAAAUUCUCUGGUAAUAAAGGGAACCGAAUAGGUGAAACGGGAAGAGGGGAGGUUUCAUCUGUUUUUUUAGAAGGAAAAGAGAAAUGAUUCCGCUGCAAUGGACACCGCCGUGUAACAAUCAAUGCACACAGAAAUACGCUAGUCUCAUGCAAAUUCCUUGGAGAGUAUUCUGCAAGAAAGGGUGCGACUCCGAUGGGGACAGUUGGGAGGAAUGCUUAGGUGAAUGUGAUGAAUUAUGUUACAAAGAUCCAGUUUUGAAGGAUCAAAAGUGGAGUUCUUACAUUGAUCGUUCUCCUGGGGCUGUUGGCUAUUCAGAGGAAUGCUUUCGCGCUUGUGUAGCUGGCUGUGGAUACAAGUUUGAUAUCCCUCAAAAGGAAGUUGAAAAUAUCCGCCCCAACAGACCAGCAUGGACCCCAUCUGCAGAGAAGCCACCUCAACCUGCUGUUGUAGCAAGGCAGCCUCUGGAACCUCGCUCAACUUCCGAAGACAUUCCCGGAACAUCUGCAUAGGGUACUUUUAUUAGUGCUUACCAAUUCUGUUUUUGCAAGAAUUACUUGCUGCACAUUAGUUAGGGACUUGGGGCCAAUGGAUUUGACAAAAACAUCCUUUAAAUGAUGUUGUUGGAGCUACCCUCACUCAUUCCCUUUCCGUGAACCUUUUUCUGUCCAUAGUCCAGAGCGUUACUCAUCUUAGAUAUCUAUGACUCCGAGCACAAUGAUGCAAACUUUCUGUGAUGACCCAUUUGUUGGCCAGAUAUGUUUUUUCUCUCCUUUUUCUGUUGUAGAUUCUUAUUACAAACCACAUGUAACAACUAACAAACAACAAGAUUUAGUGUUGUCUGAGGUUGGGUUCUCUUGCAUUGGUCA